AUGCUCUUCCCGAGAAGGUCCUGGCUCUGGCUGUACAUUAGAGUAGGUGUCUUUCUGGGACGUGAACUCAGCAACCCUCAGCCACAUAGGGAAGAGAUCUGCUAUGGGCUUUACAUGCUUAACUGCAACUUCAAUGAAGCAGAUACUUACUGCCAGACCCAGGGAGGACGCCUGCCUCUCACUUGGAACGAAGGGCUUCAGACUGCCAUACAAAACCGCUACCCAAAAGAGACAACGUGGUGGGUGGGAAGUAGCCUACAGUUCCUAGGAAAGCAUCAAGAGGAAACUGACUCAGGAGAUGCCGCUGACUUAAAGGCCGGAAAGUGCAACUCCAUGGUCACAUACCCUAAUCGCGCAAUUUCAAAAAUGGACCAGUGCUCGAAGAAGCAUCACUUCAUUUGCCAGACCGAAAAUGAGGCAUUCCAGGAUGUCCCUGUUGGGCUGAGAGUGUGGCUCAAUGGUGAAAUACAUGUUGCCACUCCUCCUAAGAUACUGUGCUUUCCCUUGGAAAUUCCAAAAGCCAUGCCAUGGAUGAUAAACACGGCUCCAAACAGAAGCUCACAGGUGACAUCAGCCACACCUGCACCCAGCAGCCCACCACAGGUGACAACAGCCACACCUGCAUCCAGCAGCCCACUACAGGUGACAACAGCCAUACCUGCACCCAGCAACCAACCACAGGUGACAACAGCCACAUCUGCAUCUAGUAGCCCACCACAGGUGACAUCAACCACACCUGCAUCCAGUAGCCCACCACAGGUGACAACAGCCACACCUGCACCCAGCAACCCACCACAGGUGACAACAGCCACACCUGCAUCCAGUAGCCCACCACAGGUGACAACAGCCACACCUGCAUCCAGUAGCCCACCACAGGUGACAACAGCCACACCUGCAUCCAGUAGCCCACCACAGGUGACAACAGCCACACCUGCAUCCAGCAGCCCACCACAGGUGACAACAGCCACAACUGCAUCCAGCAGCUCAACACAGGUGACCCCUGCCACACCCAUAUCAAACAGCUCACCAUGGCCUGUUGUGACAGAGGUCAGCAGGCCUGAAUCCACUAUUCCUGCCAGAAGAUCUUUGGCAGACAUCACUUCAAGCCCAAAGGAAGACUCUCACUCAGAAGUUACCUCUACUCACCCUCAAAUGUCAUUUCCGAGUACAGCCUAUCAGGUCACAGAUCAGACAGCAGGGAAGAUGGUCCCAGAAAUACCUGCUUUUCAAGCACACAGUGAAUUCCAGAAAGCUUAUGACAUCCUCCAGAGAGUGAGAAACUCCCCUCCGACAUCUCCUACACCAGCUCAGGUCAGCGUGGCCAAUUUGCUCAUCGACCUGAGUGAGCAGUUGCUGAUGAUGAUCCCGCUUCAGAACAGCGGCAGUAGGAACUUCAAAACUCCCACAAGCAUCUGCCCCUUGCAGGCUCUCGGAAGCACAAUAACAACCAGGGAAGGAAGUCUGCAGGUUCCUCAGCCAGACUCUGAGCAGGUUGAGGACAUGCUGGAGACGUUCUUGAUGGCCCUGGGAGAGAUCCACAAAGCAUUUUACCAACAGAGCCUGUCUCUGGAGUCAGCAGUGACCCUGACCUCUCCUGUGGCUACUCUGGUGUUGAGCAGCCACAAUGUAUCAACUUUGCCCCUGAGCACUUAUACUCUGGGUGGCCCCGCACCCUUGAGGUUAGGUUUUCCAUCCGCAGAAGCACUGAAAGAACUCUUGAAUAAAUACCCAGGAGUGAACCUUCAAGUAACAGGACUGGCUUUCAACCCUUUUGAGUCUUCGGAUGACAGGAACAUUGUUGGAAGUAUUGGAAAUGUGCUAUUAAGCUCUGAUUACCAAUCGCUCCAAGUCCGUGAUUUGACAGAAGAUAUCGAGAUCGUGCUCUGGAGAAAUGCCAGCAUGGAGAUCCAGCCCACCAACCUCAACACAAGCACAGACCGUUUCACAAUCACAGUGAAUAUCACUUCUGUGGAGAAAACACUUAUUGUGACCAUCGAACCCGAAAGUCCUCUUCUAAUGACACUCUACCUGGGCUUCCAGGACAAACCGAACCACACUUACUUCUACCACAACACCAGCCUUCCGAGGGACCAGGUGUGGCAGAAAGAUGAGGAGUACACAUGGGUGCUGACACCAGAGAGCCUGCAGUACGGGACUGGCACCUACUACAUAAUGGCGGUGGUAAAUCAAAGUACAGAGGCCACACAGCACACACCUGUCCUGGUCUCGGUGGUAACUGCUGUCACCCAGUGCUAUUUCUGGGACCGAAACAACAGGACAUGGAGGAGCGAUGGAUGCCAAGUAGGGCUGCAGAGCACCAUGCUGAAGACGCAGUGUCUCUGUAAUCACCUGACCUUCUUCAGCAGUGACUUCUUCAUUCUGCCCAGGACGGUAGAUGUGGAAAACACCAUCAAACUGCUUCUUCAUGUGACCAGCAACCCUGUUGGGGUGUCACUGCUGGCCAGCCUUUUAGGAUUCUAUAUCCUCCUAGGCAUGUGGGCUUGGAGGAAGGAUCAAGCAGACUUGCAGAAGGUGAAGUUGACCGUCCUGGCUGACAAUGACCCCGGCUCUGCGUUUCACUACCUAAUCCAGGUCUACACUGGGUAUCGAAGGAGGGCUGCUACAACAGCCCAGGUUGUCAUCACCCUCUAUGGCUCCGAGGGACACAGCGAGCCCCACCACCUUUGUGACCCACAGAAGAGAGUCUUUGAGCGGGGAGCGCUGGAUGUUUUCCUCCUCUCCACUGGGUCCUGGCUGGGGGACCUGCAUGGCCUUCGGCUGUGGCAUGACAAUUCUGGUGACAACCCUUCUUGGUAUGUAAGCCAAGUGAUCGUCAGCGACAUGACUGUGAAGAAGAAAUGGCAUUUCCAGUGCAGUUGUUGGCUGGCCGUGGACUUGGGCCACUGCGAGCGCGAUCGGGUCUUCACACCCGCCUCCAGGAGGGAGCUCUCUUCCUUCAGCCACCUGUUCCCCUCCACGAUCGUAGAGAAGUUCACCCAGGACUACCUGUGGCUCUCGGUUGCAACCCGACAUCCCUGGAGCCAGUUUACAAGAAUGCAGCGGCUCUCGUGCUGCAUGACGCUGCUCCUCUGCGACAUGGUCAUCAACGUUAUGUUCUGGAAGAUGGGUGCUACCACGGCCAAGAGGGGCUCUCCUUUCAUAGGUCCAUUGGCUGUGACCUGGUCAGAGAUACUCAUCAGCUUCCAGACUGCCAUCAUCCUCUUCCCUACCCAUCUUGUCUUUGGGCGGCUCUUCCAGUUGAUUCACCCACCAGAAACUCUGCCCCCACUUCCUCCCACCCAGGCUGCCUGCCCCUCAGGUCUUGGGUGUGAGUCCCCGUCUCCUGCACAGGUGGUCACGGAAUUAAAGCAAACUGUGGGAUUCCUGCUCAGAAGAAAUGCACGUCUGCUCUCGGAGCAUGAACAGAAUUCGUGGGGUUCUUGUGACAUUGGCGCGCUGGUGACACUUUUAUCCAGCCUCCUCUAUUCUCAGUUUGAAGAGCAAGGCUGUCACCAGCAGACGGAAGCCCCGAGAGAAGACGCAGAAAACCACCACCAUUUCUGCCACUACCUGCUCCAAGUUCUGCAGAGACUGAAAUCCCACUUAAGUGUGUUCAGUGCUGCUCAGGCCCACCAGCCCUGUGACUUCUCAGAAGCAGUUAGCCAACUCCAAAGCCUCCAGGAACUCCUGAAAACACAGAUUCUUCCCAGGGAGGGAGGGCCAAGCAGGCACACGACCAGUUUCCCCAUCCUAAGCCCAGAAGAAGGGAAGAAGCGUGUGUCUUUUUGCCUGGUCAGAUGGUUGAAGUACAGCUGCUGGCUCCUCCUAGGUGUCGUGAGCCUGGCUUCAGCCUUUUUCACAACACUUUAUAGCCUGGAGCUGAGCAAAGACCAAGCCACCAGCUGGGUUAUUUCGAUGCUGCUAUCAGUGCUUCAAGAUGUCUUCAUCAGCCAGCCCAUAAAGGUGAUCCUCAUCUCGUUCCUGUUCUCACUGACAGCAAACCGGAUGCCAUGGCUUAACAAAGACAAGGAACAACAUGCCAAGAGAAUUGUAGCACUUUGGGCGAAGUGUUCCUCAUCGGCUCCUGGUUUGAGAGAUAAGAACAAUCCCAUCUAUACAGCCCCAGCAGUGACCAGCUCUGCCAAGCACCCAGGAAGAGCCUGGAAGAAGCAGCUCUUCAAGCUGACUGGCGGUAGCCUGGUCCAGAUCCUCUUUCUGGGCCUGCUGAUGGCUACCGUCUACUCCGCCAGGGACUCCAGUCAGUUUCUCCUCCAUCAGGCUAUCUCGAAGAGGUUUUCUCACCGCAUCUCAGAAAUCAAACUUCUGAAGGAUUUCUACCCCUGGGCCAACCACACCCUCCUUCCCAACCUGUAUGGGGAUUACAGCGGCUUUAUUACUGAUGGGAACUCCUUUCUUCUGGGCAAUGUUGUGCUUCGCCAGAUUCGCAUUCCUAAUGGCACGCUUUUCCCAGUAUCUCUCCACGAACGAGAGAACUCACAGCCCCAGCAUCAAGAGGACAGAGAGAACUAUGGGGUCGGCUGGGCUCCCCCUGAUACAAACAUCACAGAAACUGACAGUAUUUGGCAUUAUCAGAAUCAGGAGUUACUGGGAGGCUAUCCCAUCCAGGGAGAGUUAGCCACUUACUCGGGAGGAGGAUACGUUGUGAGGCUGGGAAGAGACUCCAGUGCUGCAGCCAGAGUCCUGCGGCACCUGGAGCAGAGGCGAUGGCUGGAUCACGGCACCAAAGUCCUCUUCGUGGAGCUCACAGUCUUCAAUGCUAACGUGAACCUGCUGUGUGCGGUGACCCUCAUUCUGGAAUCCAACAGUGUGGGGACUUUCUUCACCUCUCUACGCCUUGACAGUCUGACUUCCCUCCAGUCAUCCAAGAGGGGUUUUGCUUGGAUUAUCCUACAAGUCAGCUACUACCUGCUCGUCUGUUACUACACCUUCAUACAGGGCUGUCGGCUGAAACGGCAGAGGUGGAAGUUCCUCACUAGGAAAAGAAACCUUCUGGACACAAGCAUAAUUCUCAUUAGCUUCAGCAUUUUGGGGCUCAACAUCCAGAGCCUUUCUCUCCUUCAUAAAAACAUGCUGCAAUACCAUCGCGACCGGGACAGGUUCAUCAGUUUCUACGAGGCACUGAAAGUGAACUCAGCUGUCACUCACCUCAUGGGCUUCCUGGUUCUGUUGGCAACUGUGCAGCUAUGGGACAUACUGCGACACAAUGCCCAGUUCCAGGUCAUCAGCAAGACGCUCAACAAGGCCUGGGAUGAGGUGGUUGGCUUUCUACUGCUCAUCGUGAUCCUGCUGAGCAGCUAUGCCAUGACUUUCAAUCUGCUGUUUGGAUGGAGCAUCUCUGACUACCAGAGUUUCUUCAGCUCCACAGUAACUGUUGUUGGCCUCUUGAUGGGAAUUUCUAGCCACAAGGAGGUUAUUGCUCUCUACCCAGUCCUCGGCUCCUUUCUGGUCCUCACUAGCAUCAUCUUGAUGGGACUCAUGGUCAUUAAUCUUUUUGUUUCUGCCAUUCUCAUUGUCUUUGGAAAAGAAAGGAAGGCUCUUGAGAAAGAAGCUACACUGACAGAUAUAUUACUACAAAAGCUCUCAAGCUUGUUAGGAAUCCGCCAGCAGCAGAAUCCUUCAUCUGAGAAGCAUGCUGACAACACUGGAUAUUGA